AUGGCUAAUGUCAUUUUGCAGUUACUGAAAUGCUUCGAAGUUGCCAACUCGCUGGCGGACACGGUUAUUUUGUCCCCACACAAAAUAAGUUCUCGGCUCGAACUAGGACCACAGGACUUUCUGCAUGCAUUAUACCAGAAGAUAGCCCCGUUUCUCGAGCAGGAUACCAUGUUAAAAUCAAUAAUUCGAGCUAAAACUGCUGAGGCUCUAGUCGCGGCUCCAGCUCGCUUACUGACAAUCGGGGAGGAAGAUGCGGGCCUGCAAUUGGGCGGAAAUGGACCCGGUGGUCAAGCUCAGAUUUUCGGAUACAUACCAAACAGCGAGCUCGAUGAACAGAACGAGUUAAUACCAGAUUUAUCAGACUGGCUAGAACAACCUAUCUGCAGAUAA